AAAGAAUGCCCCCCAUGCUUCAAUUGCAUGCUACCCGCAUUUGAUUGCGGACAGUACGGAUACUGCAACCCAUACGAUGGACAGUGUGAAUGCCCUCCAGGAUGGGCUGGCACUGAUUGCCUAACGCCUCAGUGCGACUCGUUGGCUGAUGGAACCAAGCGCAGACCUCGAGAGCCAGGAGAGUCUUGCGAAUGUAAAGAUGGGUGGGAGGGGAUAAACUGCAAUGUUUGCAAGACCAAUCAAGCCUGCGCUGCAUUCCCACUCGCCGGUGGUCCCGAAGAUGAUGACGCCGAGAUUAAUCCCGAAGACAUGGUCUGCUACAAGGGCGGCGAGACGGUGUUCAACAAUCACCAAAUGUGUGACGUCACCAACCAAGGCAUAGUCAAGAUCCUAGACGGGCGGAAACCUCAAGUGACCUUCUCUUGCGACAAGAACUCGUCAGAGUGCUCCUUCCAAUUCUGGGUACAAGAGGUCGAAUCGUUCUACUGCGCACUGGACUCUUGCGCCUCUAGCGUCCAGAUCGGCGUGGACAAGAACGUGACGAGAUACGAAUGCGACAAAAUCAAGUGUAAAUGUGUCCCCGGCCGCUUCAUCUGCGGCGAGAACGGCAGCGUUGACAUCUCCGACUUCUUGACGGAAGAAAUCAAAGGCCCUGCGUCGUUCCGGUGCACGACCGGCGCCGGAUGCCGGUUCGAGGAACCCGGUAUGAACGACUUGAUAGAUGAGAUCUUCGGUGAUCCAUACAUCACGCUGAAGUGUGAGGGAGGCGAGUGCGUGCACUUCUCUCAAGUUCCGGGAUAUGUCAGGCCGGAGAAGCCGGACAACACGAAAAUGCUGGCGUUGAGCGCGGCAGGUGUUGGUGUCCUUGUGAUCCUCGUCUGUGCCAUUCUGUGGUACGUUGGACGUGCGCGCACAGGCGAUCUAUCGAAGAUCCGCCUCCCUGAAGACGAGACUGCGAGGCUGAUGACGGAACAUACGGCCGCUUCGCUCCAAUUCCAAGACGUCUCGUAUACUCUCCCUGGUCGCUCCAUCAUCUCCGACAUUACGGGUCAAGUGAAGCCAGGUCAGUUGCUUGCUAUCAUGGGCGCGUCGGGUGCAGGCAAGUCGACAUUCCUCGACAUCCUCGCGCGUAAGAACAAGCGCGGCCUGGUUGGCGGCUCCGUCAAGGUGAAUGGACGGGAGGUUGGCGAUGCGGAAUACAGAAAAGUUGUCGGGUUCGUGGACCAGGAGGACACCUUGAUGAGCACGUUAACGGUGUACGAGACGGUGCUCUACUCGGCGCUGCUCAGGUUACCCAGGGAGAUGAGCUUCGCGGCGAAGGAGUACCGCACUCUGGAGACAUUGCAAGAGCUGGGCAUUCUAGGCAUCAAGGACUCCAGGAUUGGGGAGAGCGGCCGCCGCUCCAUAUCUGGGGGUGAGAAGCGCCGCGUGUCCAUCGCAUGCGAGCUCGUAACUUCGCCUUCCAUCCUCUUCCUCGACGAGCCGACCAGUGGUCUGGACGCCUACAACGCCUUCAACGUCAUCGAGUCGCUCGUGCGCCUCGCCCGUGAUUACAAGCGCACGAUCGUCUUCACCAUUCACCAGCCGCGGAGCAACAUCGUUUCUCUCUUCGAUCAACUUGUUCUACUAGGUCAAGGCAGGCUCGUAUACGCUGGCGAAAUGACCAAGUGUCACGAAUACUUCGCGAGCAUCGGGCACCCGUGCCCCCCUGGAUUCAACAUCGCGGACUUCCUCAUCGAUCUUACUUCGCAAGCCGCGCGUGCACCGACAUCAGCAGAAGAGGUUGGCAGUUCGGGCAUCGAUUCUCCUGACACAGAGGACCAGACCAACUUACACGAUGAAGAGCGUGGUUUGGGCGGUCGUCGGCUUGGGCAUUCUACUCGUUCCUCCACCGAAGCUGGCGAGGAAACGGAGCUACGCUCGGUUGCAAGCUCCGCGGGUGGUUACGUGAAGCGAAAGACGUCUCAGUUGCUCUCCAUCGUUUCCGGCAACGGAAGCGGCGAUAGCGAUGCGAACAGAUUACCUCCCAGGCUCGCGGCCCUGGUGGAAGCCUACGCAUCGAGCGAGAUUGCUGCGGAUAUCAAGGGCGAAAUUGUGGAAACAGAGCGGGCACAGCAGCAGCGCGCAAGUGGGGUCGGUGCGGAUGGCGAGCUUCCCGAUGUGAUCGCGGAGGCGACAUUAUUGCGGGGAAGGAAACGCGCGAGCUGGCCAACGCAAUUCAGAAUCUUAAGCGGGCGCGCAUUCAAGAACUUGUAUCGCAAUCCCGCACUUCUUACCGCUCAUUAUCUCGGUUCUCUAGUGUUAGCGCUCAUCUGUGGUUUCUUCUUCCACAACGUCACGAACGAUAUAUCUGGAUUCCAAAACCGCUUGGGAAUAUUCUUCUUCACGCUAGCCUUGUUUGGAUUUUCCUCGUUGUCUAGCCUGAACCUCUUUGCUGGAGAGCGACUCCUCUUCAUGCGGGAACGAGCGAAUGGAUACUACACGCCAUUCACCUACUUCGCCUCGAAGGUGUUAUUCGACAUCAUUCCCUUGCGUAUAGUACCCCCACUUCUUUUCGGUGGGAUCGUCUACCCGCUGGUCGGACUGGUCCCUACAGUCCCAGCAUUUUGGAAGUUCAUGCUCACUCUGGUGCUGUUCAAUCUGACGACGGCUAGUGUCGUCUUAUUACUCUCUGUCGCCUUUGAGAGCACCGGUGUGGCCAGCUUCGUGGGGACGUUGAUCAUGUUGUUCAACAUUCUCUUCACGGGAUUACUCAUCAAUCGAGAAACCGUAUCGAAGUUCUUCCAGUGGCUUCAUACGAUAUCGUUCUACCACGCCGCAUUCGAAGCACUGGCCGUGAAUGAGCUGCGGUACUUAACACUCAAGGAACACAAGUAUGGAGUGGAUCUUGAAGUUCCUGCAGCCACUAUCCUCUCUACCUUCGGUCUUCGUGCCCAAACAUUCUGGUGGCCUAACAUAUCACUCUUGGGCAUAUUCUUCGGCAUUUUUACUGUUGUCAGCUUUCUUUUCCUACAGUUUUAUGUCAAGGAAAAGCGGUAGUCGGAAGCUGCUCCCAUUCCCAUCGUGUGGCAAUACAUCCCCGAACUGUAUCAUACACGUCCAUUCGAUUCGCAUCCGCAACAACGUAUCAGCAUAC